GACUGGGAUCGGAGAAGGUGGAGUGAGUGGCAGCCCGAGUUCGAAAGCAGGCAGUGACAUGAGGCGGGCGCCAGCGUUCCUGAAUGCGGCUGAGGUGCAGGACCACCUCCGCAGCUCCAGCCUCCUGAUACCGCCUUUGGAGACCGCUCUGGCCAACUUCUCCAGUGGUCCGGAUGGAGGGGUCAUGCAACCAGUGCGCACCGUGGUGCCGGUGGCCAAGCACCGAGGCUUCUUGGGAGUCAUGCCAGCCUACAGUGCAGCUGAGGAUGCACUCACCACCAAGUUAGUCACCUUCUAUGAGGGCCACAGCAACACAUCUACCAUCCCCUCCCACCAGGCUUCAGUGCUUCUCUUCGAACCCAGCAAUGGCUCCCUGCUGGCGGUCAUGGAUGGGAAUGUCAUAACUGCAAAGCGAACAGCAGCCGUGUCUGCCAUUGCCACCAAGUUUUUGAAACCCCCAGAUAGUGAUGUGCUGUGUAUCCUUGGGGCUGGGGUCCAGGCGUAUAGUCAUUAUGAGAUCUUCAUGGAACAGUUCUCCUUCAAGGAGGUGAGAAUAUGGAACCGCACUAGGGAAAAUGCAGAGAAGUUUGCAAGUACAGUGCAAGGAGAGGUUCGGGUCUGUUCAUCCGUGCAAGAGGCUGUGACAGGUGCUGAUGUCAUCAUCACUGUCACCAUGGCAACAGAGCCCAUUUUAUUUGGUGACUGGGUGAAGCCAGGGGCUCACAUCAAUGCUGUUGGAGCCAGCAGACCUGACUGGCGAGAACUGGAUGACGAGCUCAUGAAGCAAGCGGUGCUGUAUGUGGACUCCCGGGAGGCUGCCCUGAAGGAGUCAGGAGACGUUCUGUUGUCAGGGGCUGACAUCUUUGCUGAGCUUGGAGAAGUGGUGUCAGGAGUGAAGCCUGCACACUGUGAGAAGACCACAGUGUUCAAGUCUUUGGGGAUGGCAGUAGAAGACCUGGUGGCAGCCAAACUAGUGUAUGAAUCUUGGUCAUCUGGGAAGUGAGAUGAAGGAGCGAGCUGUGCACUGAACUGGACGUUGCAGCUCAAAGCUGUCCCAUAAAGUCCAGAUCAAAUGAGGGAGCCUGGCCCCUGAGAACUGUCUUGAUUUUCAUGUUUAAG